AGGCAAUAUGGCGCGAAUGAAGUUCCCAGGAUCUAACAAGAGCCGUUCACCGGAGAAAGAAAAGUCUUUGGAUAUGUCUGGACGUACGAGGAAGGACACGUUGAUUAAAAAACAGAAGAGAUCGGUUAUCAAGCCAGUUUUAAUUAGUCUUCGAAGAUACCGCGAAAUUUUUGGAGAUUCCGAUGAAGAGGUGAUUCGAUGUCUCUGUUUGCCAUGCACAUUUCAGUGUUUUGUUUAUCAAACCCUUUCAGUUCUGUCAGUGGUCAGUGAUUUUAGGCUCAAGUGUUGAUUUCUUUUUUAUCUAGGAAGAAGAAUUUUACGGCUUUCGAGCAGAGGAUUUAGGUCUCAAAGCAUAUCGCUCUUUUUCUGUCAGGCGAUAUUUGGAUGGCAGCGAGAGAGUCAGUUAUAGGAGAUAUAAUCAUGGCGUUCGAGACACUCAUUCGCGUCAUUCAGCAGGCCAUUCAUCAAAAUUGCCCCCAGAAUCUUCUCAUCAUAACAACAAUAUAAAGGAGACGGAGAAAAAGCAGACGACCACAUCGCCUAGCCAAAACAUAUACGCAAAACAGUACAAGAAGAGAGAGUCGUACGAGAGACGCUUCGCGCGUCCUGUGGUUCGUGAGGUUGUAUUCGACAAUACUUGCUUGUCACCGAAUGUGAAAUCAACAACUCAGGUGAAAGCAAAUUUUGUACCUCGAGUCCCAAAACCUCCUCAAGUAGUUCUUUCCAAAAGCAUGAAAAUAUACGAAAGGAAUUUAUUUCCCUUCGCGAGUGUAAAAAAGAAAGCAGCCGUUCCACUGGCGAAACAGUUGUUGGCAAAGGCUAAGGAGGGACAGAGGAUUCGCAAGCAGAAUUCAUCGGUAAACAAACAUAGCGACCAAGUGCGAUCGCGGUUUGGGCGAGUUGUAAAGAGUAAAAAAUUGGAUUACGACGACGUAACCUCACCCAAAUUCAAAGCAAAGAGAGAAGAAACGAGAUCUGAAGCAGCAAACAAGAUCAAUCGAGGACAAAAGAGGCCCCUCGAGGAUGGCGAAUGUCCACCUGAGAAAUCGCUACGACUGGCAGAGGUGAAGUUGGAGAGAAUGGAGCUACCAGCCGGUCAAAGCGUCUACGUUCCUAAUCCAGGUAUUUAUAUUGUUUAUCAUGAAUUAGCUAGUUCUGUCAACAGUUGUGAGCAGGUUGUAUUAAUUUAGAAGCCACUUGUAAUGAAGACUGGAAGUUUACUUUGACGCGAAGCCCCUAACUUUCUUUGAUUCAGUUCAAUGUCAGUAAACUGUUAAGCGAAUUUGCAGUGAUGAAAGAAAGAGAAGCAUCAGACCGGGAUUAUUUUUUUGACAUGCAAUUAAUUCCUCAUCAUCAUGUGCAUACAGAAAAGGGCUUGUAAAAUAUGUGGAAUAACUAUUUUUUUAAACAAAUCCUAAAGUGUCAUUUCAGCAAGGUUGUUGAAGGUAAUGUUGAGUCAGGGAAAUUUAAUAUUUUGGGAUGCAUGUUGGGAAAGAAAAUCAUUAAUGAAUAAACUUCUAUGGAUUAUUUGAGCAUUACAUGUUCGUAUGGGUUGUUUUAUCUGGUUUGCAUGGCAAGUAAGAAAAUAAUGAUAUUCGUAUAUAAAUCAAACAUCAUUAAAUAUUACAAGAUGAGUGACUAAAAAUUAUGCACUUCAACUUUGAGGUUGCCACAAAUAUUUGAUUUUCUGAUUUUCUCUUUGUAUUUCUCUGUGCAGCUCUUGUUGAUAAUAUUUUAAUGAAGUUUUUAUUUAUACUAAUUUGAUUUUUAUGUUUUUUUUAUUGUUUUGUUUUUUUUCAAUAUUACCUAUAGCCAACUAAUAAAUGUUUAAUGGCAACGUAAUUUGUUGCAAAAUAUUAACAUUUUAAAGUAUUUUCAUCACAGUACAGUUUUGUUAAAAAAAAAUUGGUGAAUUGAGUUCACCACAUUGUUUUUCUUAAAACUGCAUUGUUUACAUUACUAACAAAACAACUCGCUCUCCACUUACAAUGCUGCUUCAUAGUUUUUAAAUAUUCCUCUUCAAAGUUAUUUUUGAAAAAUAAUACAAAAGUAAUAUUGAUACUUGUACAUGAGUGUAGGACUACAAACCUUUGCUGCCAUCUUACGAAGAGCCUUUUGUGGUGGGUUGGUUGUAGGUAAAAAUUUUUCUCAGGUUAAACUAGUAUGUCCUUUUUUAUGUAGCCCUAAUUAUUCAUAAGAAACAAAAAUAGAGAAAAUUCUGGUUUGACCUGAGGGUGAAUUAUGCCUACAACAAAAUAAACUAUUAUUAUUAUCAUCAUCAUUAUUAUUAUUACUAGUAACAGUUGACACUUCAGAUGUUUGUCAUGUGUACAUGGGUUGAUCACUAGUUAUUAUAUAUUAUGAGUUUCUGAUAAUAAUGAUAAUCAUCAUCAUCAUCAUCAUUAUUAAUGUUGCUAUUAUUAUGCUUCAUAAAAUGUUAAAUGUCAGUGUCUGAGUACCACAUUUUGCAUUCCGAUAGAAUCUCCCACAGGAUUUGACAUCAGGCCUCUUGGUGCGAGUGAUGGGGGAAAGGUAUGAAGAUGUCUUUUUUGUGCUGUUAAAUUUACAGUAUACUUCUAUCUAUAUAUUGUCCCUUUUUAGCCCACAUAUAUGUUAUGGAUCAAAUUUGAUUUCAGGUUAAAUUUUUUUAACCUGGGUUGACUCUCAGUUUCCUUUGUCUUCUAGGGCUAGGAAGGAAAUUGAGAAUCAGCCUAGGUUAAAUCAAAAUUAACUUGAAAUUAAAUUUUACCUGUAUUAUAUAAAGCUAUCUUGCAUUGUUCCGCAUUGCUGGGAAAAUUUUAUGAGGAAGAUUUCUGUAUUUGGGCCUCAGAAAUUCUGAACUGAUGAUGUAAAAAAUACUUCUCAUAUCCCUAGAAAAUAAGUAUUUCUUGGUAGAUUCUGUGCCUGGUACAUUUUUGAACAAUAGCUGAAAGAGUAUAAUAUAUGUUAUUUCUUUGUCAACCAGUCAGUGCUGCUAACCAGGUUCGGUACAGGUUAUGAAUUUUUUGGGCCAACUGAGAAUCGAACUAUUCUGAAACGGUUAACUUGAAUUUCAGUUUAAACCACAGCAGCUAUGUGCAUUGUUCUUUCUUGUUAUUUAUGUAGCAUAGCCUUCCCCAAUGAUGAAACUAAACUGUUAUUAAGUCUGUCUGCAAAACAGCACCAAAAUCUUGUUCAGGGUCCCCACCUGUGUACCAGGAUUUGAGUAAUCGUUGGGGACCCAGAACAUGGAUAUCAGCACUGCUUCACAGACGUUACUGACUGAGGUUAAGUUUGAUCUGCAAUGCAGGCUAUUUUUUAUACAGCUGUGAUUAUUUUGUUUUUUUAAUGUCAGAAUGCAAAGUUUGACUUCAAGGACAAAACAGCCAGCAAUUCCUCUGCUGAUGAGAAUCAGACUGUUACCAGGAAAACACGCAUUAAGAACGCAAAGAGGAUUAAAAAUGCACUUACUGAAAGAAACCAUUAUCAACAGGCAAAGUUUCCUGGUCAUAGAAAACAGGGAGGAGCGAAUAGUAGAACUUCAAACUCAGGGGACGAGCUAUCUAGCUCAAGAUUUAGAAAAGAGGGGAAACAAAUUAACAGUAACGGAGACUUAACAUCUACAAAGAGAUCAGAGAGAAUUAAAAUUAGGAAAAGAACACUGGAUGUUUCUUGUAUCAAACAAGAACAUGAAAAAGAAGAUCCUGAAGACCAAGUUAGUGAUACAUCAUCCAUUUCGGAGGUUUCAUCUUUAGGUAGUAAUGUGUCUAAAAGAAGUACACCCAAUUCUACAAACAAAUAUGUGUUUAAAUCAAAACGACUACAAGAGAUGCAAGAAAAAGUAGAGAAUGAGUUGAUUGAAGAUAAUUCAGUAGUGAAUGAGGAUAACUUGGGAGAAAUUAGACAACAGGGUGGGAAUGAAAAUGCUUGUGUAGAUUCUGACGGUGGAAUGAGUAGCCGUACAUCAUCUCGACGGUCGAGUCAGGAAGAGAAGAGAGUUCAUAAGGACUCUGAUAAUGAGUGCCAGCCUCGUAAAGGGCCGGUGGUAGUGAAGAAAAGAAAAACAAGUGGGAAGAAGGCAGCUGCCUCAAGACUCCACGUAAUCAAAAAUGACAAUGAAAUUCCCAGCUCUAGUGAAGAUGAAGAAAGUAGCAAACCUCUUUCAGAAAUCAAAAAAGAAAUGGAGAAAUCACCCGAAGAACAAACAGAAAGGGUGGUGAAAAGAGUAAUCAAAGUUGUGAAGAAAGUACGAACAAAGAGUGGUGAAACCAAGACAAAGGUUGUGAAAAUUAUUAAGAAAAUGGGCGUGAGAAAGAAGCCAACGGAAAAAUGUGCUGUGGUCAGUGGGCGUAGGAGAGUACGUUGCGGAGUCUGCGAGGGUUGUAAAAUAGAGGAGGAUUGUGGUGUCUGCCGUUGGUGCAAGUAAGUACUUUUCCUGAUCAUAAAUGAUGGGUUAGGAAACAAAAGAAACUGAAAGUCAAACUAGGCUAAAACCAUUUUAACCUGAAUUUCAUUUUCUCGUACAACAUAAAAAUGUCCUUAGUAUGGGUCAACUAGGCAGAGAAAAUAUUCUGAAACCAUGACAAAAUGUUUUGAAAACUGAAUAAUUUUGAAGGCUGUCAAUAAGAUUUGAAAUUGACAGGUAGAUAUAUCAAGUGGUGGGGAAUUAACAGCUAGGGAUUCCUUUGAUUCUAUUUUCUUCUAUUUUUUAUGAAAGUCGUCAGGGGACACAGGUUGUCAAAAGUAGCCAGCUGCCGGCAGAAAUCACUGCCUACUUGGUUAGUACCGGCCAGCUACUCUGCUUGGCAUUUCUUUAUGGAUUGCGUUUUUAAAUAAAAUAUCCCUCGGCUGGCCGCUUGCUUUGACAACUCAGCUGUCUUCUUCAAAACUUUCUGACAACCCCGGACCGACACCUUCAUAGUGACCAGGGGAAAUCCCCGCCCCCCAGAAGUUAAUGACAGCCCUGUAUUUUUAAAGAAAGGGGUAUUAUGUGAUGCAGAAUGAGAAUUAUAGAUUAUAUUUCACCUAAAUGUUUUACUGCAGGGACAAACCAAAGUUUGGAGGACCAGGAAUAUGCAAGCAAUCUUGUGUGUAAGUAGUUUGUGGUGUAAUGAUGAUUGUUAAGAUAUGUAAAAUAGUUUUACUGGAGAACCAAUGAAUUACUCACGAUCUUUAUUUUAAAUUUCAGUGAACGCAAGUGUCUUGAUCCUCAGCCCCCAAAACCUUUGGGCAGUGCUGUUCCCAAGAAGUCAGAGAAAGGUAUUUUUGGGCUCACCCAAAAUUACUUGUUUAUGGAACAUAAGAUCUACUACAUAAAUUACUAAAGUUCCCUUAUCUUGAACUUCUGGAACCUGCUUCUUACUUCCAUUUACUAAACCUGUAACAGGCCGGAUUCAUUCAGUGUAAAAAUUUCUCAUUCUUAACUUUACUUAAUGAAAGAAAUGUUCAGCUACGUGUAACUUUUUGUUGAGAUUGAUCAGGCUCACGGUUUACAACUGUUAGAAGUCUGCCGGUUGCUGGCUUCUAUUGAGAAUCGUCCUGGGAUUCUCACAGUUUUGAGAAUGUUAUUGGUUGUUAGAAAUUCAAAUACUGCUCAACAUUCUUGGUGUAACUGUGUGAUAUAUUUUUUGGUGUAAAAUACACCAAAUAUGACAUAUAUGUAAACCCUAAUUGUCGCUUGCAGCAAUAAUGUUUUGAAUUCAUAACAACGCAUCGUGUUCAAAACCCUUUAAUUCCCAAGAUUGACCAACACCUAUUUUCUUUGAACAGCGUCAAUACAUCGUCAAGGGGAAUGUUAUGAGAAUAAAUAAAAUAACCACCAAAGGCAAUUAAAUGCUUUGAACUUUUGUUAGAUUCUUUCAGCUUAUUCUUGAAGGAAAUGUAUGGAUAUCGGUCUGGAGAAUCUGUAUUUAGAUACUGGAGCUUUAAGGCUCACAUUCAACUGAACGGCUUUGCGAGUCCUGUAUUCCAGAAAAUGAUUUCGCGUAGUUGAAAAUUGCUAUCUUGAGUGUGUGCAGAGUCAAAAGCGAACACUCUGCCCAUCAAAACACUGAUUUUGACAAAAGGAGUGUUUGAAAAGGAAAACACAUACGCGAAAAGCCGCUUGGGUGAACAUGGGCCUUUCAGCUGACAACUAACUGGGCUUUUUGAUCAUCAGCAAAACCAAAGGUGGCACCUAAAAAAGAAGGCAUUCCCAUGAAAAAGAUUUUCAGGAAAGAACAGAGUCAGGUUCUGCAAUCCAAGAAAAAGUCAAGUGUUCAAGUCAAACCACCAGCUGCUGGCAAGAGGCAGGCAGUGCUGGAUGAUAAGAACCUUGUUAAGCUGCCUUGGAGUGUAAGUUAAUGAUAGUAAUCAUCAAAUUUCCAAGGGAAUAAUCCGAUUAGCCCCAGAACCCCACACCUUUUCACCACUUGAGUGUUGACUGACAUUAUGUUGUAGUGUGAUCACUUGUCUCCUGCAGGUGUUCAAGUGGUUGUUUUCUUUCUUCCCUCCAUUCCUGGGGGCUUCUCUUUCCUGAGUCUCGGUUUGCUCAUUAAAGAUGCUUAAACAGAUCCAUUAGUUCAUUGUCUGCUGAGGUGUGCAGGGGAUACCAGGGAUAAUAAUAACACACACCUGGGAUUGUGAUCUUGUAAAAACUUUAAAAUUAAUUCUUUGUUUAUGGCGGAAUCGGAGCACUUGGCUUCAGAUUUAGCAGGUUUGUGACACUAAGGCUGUGCUCUGGUGGAACCCAGCAACUCUUGGUGCCUAACUUUUGCUCCUGGGCCAGAAGAAAAUCUUAGUUCUUUUUUCAUAGAACCAUAAUGCUAGACACCCUGGAUUUCAAUUUUUUUAGAGCACAGCCUUGGGCACUCAAAAUAACAUACAUGUUAAGAGUACAAUUGAUUGAACAAACCUAUAGGAUUGUGAAAAACUCUAACUGGGAGCUUGUGACAGUCUUGUACAUGGCAGGGUACCUUUGGGAAAGUGUAAGCCAUAUUUUUUGACUGGCACUUUGCAAUACUUUGAUGCAGAAUCACCUUUGAAGAAGUACAAGAUAGGUUUGCUUAAACAUGACCUAUACCAAAUGAGACCCUAUGGCAAAGGCAAACUGCAAAGGUGACAUUUUGUAGAGUGAAGAAGUGAACAGUCAAGUUGAAAGGGCCUGGGGAUCUAGGUAUAUGAAAUCUAGGAUGGUAAAAGAAUAACAGUAUAUUUUUAUCAUUUAUUAGGAUAACAGUACUGAGGAGGAGAUCUGGAAGGAAGGAUUUGGAAUUUGUUUUACUGCUGGUGUCCCUAGUGCAAUAAAGGAACUCUGUUUUCUUUGUGGCAGCAAGGGCACAGAAAAGGUGUGAGAAAAAUGCUCUGUUAAUCUGUGUAAGAGAUUUUUAGAAUUAUAUGCAUUCAUGAAGAGAUAAUGAUAAGUUAUGAACCUGGGCCAGAUUGUUUGAAGCUGGCUUAAGAUAACCCAGGGUUAGUGUGAAAUUUUCUUAAUAAGCAAAUUCAGUUGAAUUCUUUUGGUCUAUAAUUUGGUGAUUGGAUGUUCUAAAAAGAAUAGGGAAAAUUAUCUGAGAAAAAAGCUUUAAAAUGACAGGAAAAGAAACCCAGAUUCAAAUUUAAUGCCAUUUAAGCACUAAUCUGCCUAUGAACAACUUAGCCCUGGUGAACUUUUAAAAUCCAUACUAUUAACAUUUCCAUCAAAACAUCCCCACUGUAUUUUUAACUAUGUUGCACAAGGUUAUUUUAACUUGUGAACUUGUAAAUGAAAAUACUCUAGUAUGACUGUUCAAAUAAAAGCCACUAAAGUCUUAUGUCACUGUGGACUGAUUAUUUUGCGUAAAAGUCAGCUUUUUUUUUCUGUCAUUUACAUUUCAGCCAGUCUAGGAGAGUCACAUUCUUGUUUUUUCUUGUUGUAGAUGUAUUACUGCAGAGUUUGUGCUGAACCUUUUCAUGGGUUUUGUCUUGACGAGACUCCAAUAGAUGAGAGCACAUGGUGCUGCGAUAACUGCAGCAGCUGUUCUGUUUGUGGAUAUCAGGACAAGGUAAAGUAAUAGGACAGUUUCUUUUGUCCUCCACUCAUGUUCUAUUUUUCUUUUUUUGUUUGUUUUUCCUGAAAUAUAAAGUGGCUUUACUAGACUAGACUUUUGAUAGUCACAAUCAGAAGAACUUAGCUAAUCACAAGGUCAAGGUUUUGGAAAUGAGCAAAAUAAUGUAAUAAGGUUUAGUCUUUCUCUUCAUAUUUUGACUCUGUCAAUCCUGUCGUUAAUAGAUUGUUAGCUACAGUAGAGUUAUCAGUGGAGUCAGAAAAGAGUGGAAACUUUAAUCUGUUUCUUGCAAAUGUGAUUCCAUCGAUUAUGACUCUGUUGCUAGUGAAAAAAACAGCCAUUGGGAAACUACCUGAAAUACAUACUCUGCAUUUCUAACUGUCAACUUCUUCUGCAAGGAUAGCAAAUCCUGUCAGGAUGCCCACGAGCUCCCACGAGAAUGAAAAUCUCUGAGAGUUCCUUUAGAUAUUGUUAUUAAAUGAUUCAAUCAUUUCAACAAACAUUCUCUGACUGCUUAAUUCUCAGCUUCUGAUGUGUGAUCGCUGCCAGCGGGGUUAUCAUGUGGAAUGUAUUGGUCCUCAUUACCCCACAGAACCAGAAGGAGAAGAUGAUGUGUGGGUAAGUGGUUCUUUUUGUUGUAAAAUUCAAACUUAAGUCACCAACAUUACAGCAAAUACCUAUCAUGUGUACACCUCUUGAAGAUGGAUAUGCCUCUGUAAGGUGCACGUUACGUCAAAGAGCUAAAAAACUCGUUCAAAAUAGGAACGUGUAAUGUGUAGAUGUGGUAGGGAAACCUUCACUUUUCUGUUUUUAAGUAUAUAUAUAGUAAUGUAAGAAAUGUCUUUGAGGACAAAGUGUCUUAAAUUUUGUCACUGAUUGGCGAUCUUAUAAUGUAGAUGGUUUAAGUAACCUUUAUGAUACAGAUAGUUAACCUUGUUAUGCAUUUCAGGCAGAAUGUGUUAAAUAAUUUCAUUGUUGUAAAUCUUGUCUUGUUUCUUACUAGGUAUGUGGUCGUUGUGUUCAGUGUAAGAAUUGUGGAAAGAGGACUGCUGGAGAGGUAAGCUGCUUACUGCCACUAAAUUAUUUUGUGGAUUAGAUAAUAAGUGUUGUGUUCUGCUGAGAGAGAAAUGAAAUUUCCCUUGUGCUGGAAGUCUGCUGGUGUGCUUAUUGCCAUUUAUUUAAACCAUCAGUUUGAAAAUUGUUUGCAUUACCAAUUUAAAUGUAAUAUUGAAGAUAUGACCUUUGCAGUUUUAAUUGCUUUUUAAACAAUUGCAAGUUAACCUGAGAUGAGGCUCAAUUUUUGUUUCGCUUUGUGAUAACAUUCCGGCUGGCACGGCGAAACGAUAUUAGCAGUAGCCGUUGGGGAGAAUGACUUGUAUGAGAACCGCUAAAAUUGGGCCUGAUCUCAGGUUAUUGUAAGUUAAUUGCAACAACAAUGUGGUGGUCCUAUCUUCAUUGAGAUCUAUAAUCCCACCAUUCACAUCAUCAUCAUUCUAUAUAACCAAUACCUUAUGGGAGAUUAACCACUAUUACAUGUAAGUGUAGCCAGAUCAGGUGAAGGAAGGAAAAAUAUAGGAAAAAAAGCAUCACGUCAAACAACAGCCCAUUUCCAACCAGAAUAGCAGGAACCCUAUCUAACCCUUUUUUUUAAAUUAAGUCUUAGAUUUUCUAUGAAGAAACACAGCCUUAUACAUGUAUAGUCAAAUUUAGUGACACUGACAACAUUUUCUUUUAGAAACCUGAGGCCUUGUGGAUGCUGGAGUUUACACAUUGCCAAGACUGUGGCCUCCAAAGACAACAGGGUAACUUCUGCCCCCUUUGCGACAAGUGCUAUUCUGAUGACGACUUUGAAUCUAAAAUGGUGCACUGUGUUCAGUGUGAUCACUGGGUGCAUGCCGAGUGUCAAGGCAUCACCUUGGAUCAGUACGAGUGUUUGUCAGACUUGCCAGAAGAAGUACAGUUUAUCUGUAGGCAGUGCUGUUCAGAACAGGAGACGCUGAACUGGUACAAAGAGCUCAUGGAGGAGAUGGAAGCUGGUUAUGAACGGGUAAAGUCAAGUUUUUUUUUGUAAACAAUAUUUUUAAUAUUACUUUUUAAUAUUCAGAGAAAGUUUGUUUGAAGUCAGCCAGUUAUACAAGUAAUGAAAGUAGCCAGCGAAGCCUUGUAGAGAAGCCGGCGAACUUCGCUGGCUACCAGCUCUUAUAUACAACCCUGCAAAUGUACGUCAUGAUUGAACACACGCACAUAAAAAAAGCAAAAGAAUAAAAAGAAAAACAAACAUCAAUAAAACACACAUACAGCAACUAACACAAGCAAUUUGAUAGCAAAAUAAACAACUGGACAAGAUGAAACACCCUAACGUUAAUUUGAAAAUCAGCAGUAGAAUUACCAUUUAAAAGUCAAUCGAUUUCUUUCUUAUCUAAGGCACAAUGCCAUCUAUUUCCAACAACUGGAAGUCAAGUUUUAUUACAUGACCUUACCCUCCUCACCUCUUCACACUCCAUAAUGCAUAAGGCGUCCACACCUCUCCUUUGUUUGUUUUCAGUAAUAAUAAAUUUUUAUGUGGGGACAGGACGUUAACCCAUCGCUCAACCCACAACCUGGUGGGCCAGUUCCAGGGUCAUCAAGGCACACAAAUCUCUCACCAUGUUAAGGAGCAACACUUAGGGAGGUCAAGUUUUGUUACAUUACCCAAUGGAAAUGACACUCCCAGAUAUGAUCUCAAGGGAUUCGGGAAUCGACAGGGUCCAUCUUGACCAUGUUUGAGUGGAAUGCUUGGAAUAACAACACUGUUCAGAGCAGCCUGACUGAAUGGGCUUAAAGUGAUGAUGAUGAUGAUGAUGAUGUUGUACACAUUGUCCUUGAUUGAAUUAAUUUGUUAAUUUUCUUUCUUUUUCUUAGAUUUUGGAAGAAAUAAAAUCUUGCGAGGCCUAUAGUCUUUUCCAGUCUCACUUUGAACAGGUAUGCCAAACGAUAUAAUAAUUGUUAUUGCCUCGCUAAUUAUUAUUGUAAAUAAUUGUCUCAGAACAUUACCUACAGAGCCUUUCAUUGCUAAAAGAAAUGUGCUUUGCCUACUCAUGUUUCAUCUUCCAGCUACAAGUGGACAAUGGACAUCCUAAAGAUCUGGACAGUAUUUCAGCAAAAGUGAAAGAGAAAAAGUACAUUACUGUGGUAUGUAUGUUCUUCAUGUACAGGGAAAUCUUGAAUUAAUUUCUAACGAUGAUUCUUUAGAUCUUGAUUUUAAAAUAUGCCUUUGGCCUAAAAAGGUUGCAGGAAUUUAGAGAGACUGACCUGUAGACACUUUAGUUAAUUAGUUUUUUUGCUGAGUUGAAGAGAAAUUGGGUCAAAGAUCCAUUAUUAACCAUGCAGUUGACACAGUCAAGGAAUGCAUCUACUUUUGAAUGCUUAACCUUCCCAGGCAAUUUGCUUACAACUAAAAUAAUUUUAAAUCUUUCUCUGCUCUUUAUUGGCUAUAUUGCUUUUGCAAUCUCAUUUCCCAUUACCUUCUUCUUCACACAUGUUGCUCUUACUGUUAGUAUCUUCUUCCAGUUCAAACGCCAGCACUCACUCUCAUGUUGAAACUCCUGUUUCACUUCAUCAUAAUCCAAGUUAGUGUAACCAGUAAUUCUUUUGGAGAGACAAGGAUGCAUAUUCACAAAAUUUACUGACAUCUUAUAAACCCAACUGUGUUUGCUCUUACAGGAAAGCUUUUGCCAUGACUUGAGGGGAAUUUUAGACAAAGUGUAUCGACUUGUAGAGGCUGAUCUUGAACUAACAAAACAAUGGUCUUCUCUUUUUGCAUCAUUUUGCAAGGUGAUUAUUUUGGACAUAGAUUACUAUGAUGUUAACUGAAAAGCUCAAAGAGAAAACAAACAUUAACUAAACAAAAAAGCAUUACUCCAAAAUCAUUCAAGGGUGCAAAUUGUUUUUCUGUAAUGUUCCCUAUUGUUUUGUUGUGGAUGCUUGAAAUUUUGGUUUAUUUUUAUCGUUCUUGUCAAUGUAUGUAUUUACGACCAUUAUUAUUUUGUUCUAUAUUUUAAAACUCAGGAACUGGCGUUGAUGUUUCCUUGGCAUACACUGAAGGAUAAUAAGGAGACCAGUGAGAAUCAACCAGUGCUUCCUCCCAAGUAAGCUUAAAAAAGUUAUGAUCUUAGACCUCAAAUGUAGUCAAAUUCAAAAUGAAAACAAAGUAUUAACUACAACACCAGCACAUGAUGAUGCAUAAAAAUAUCAAAAUUGUGUAAGUGCUUAGUUUGCCUCACAUAAUUUUCUGGAGACUCAAGAGCUGGAAUUACAUUUUUAGUAAUAGAUACCCCUAUAUCUAACUUGAGACAGUGUUUCAUCACAAGAUCAAACACUGCAAAGAGAAAUGAAAAUAUGACUCCCAGCAAUUUCAUUAUCUCAGUGUGGUGUAAAAAGAAGUAGAGAAAAGAAGCGGCUGGUGUAAAAUGCAGCUCACUUUUCCACAGGUCAGAGUAUAGGUCAUCAUGAUACAGAUAAACAAAUAACAUUAAAAGUUUCUCGUAGCCCUAAACCCUUAACAAAAUGCUCUAUUAAAAUGAGGGGAAUUUGCAUGGCUUGGUAAUCCAUCGAUAGAGCAGUGACCUGUACUCCUGACCUGUGGAAUGUGACAAAAUAAUCAUGCAAAUUUUAGUUAUCACUAAUGUGAACUGCCUCCUCACUGCCUUGAUUCUCAUUCACAUCUAUUUUACCUUGUGCAGUGGAUUCAUUGGACCCAGUAUUUGCUUUGAUAGCUGGGAUCAUGCUUAUGCCUGUGUGGAGGAUUCCGACAGAAAAUCAGAUCCUAAACCUGCAAUAACAAUCCAGUCUCCCCCUCCUGAGUCCACAUCCAACUGCCCUGAAGCAAAAGGUAGGAUUGUUUUACACAUAUAUGCAUCUUUCUGGUACACUGAGUUGUAUUAGCAGCCUGGGCCCAGUUCCUCAAAGGAUGGUUUAGUGUAACCCAGGAUUAAGCCAAAUUUUAAGCAAGGUUUUCUUGUCUUUGAGCAGGUACCUCGAGCUUACAUACUUAAUAUUGAGAUUUGAGAUACAGUAAUGCCAGCAUAAAAUGUUUCUCCCAGAAAUAUGUAGGAAGGUAAAUUCAAAAAUUGAACAAAAUUUUAAUCCUGGAUUAGUGCUAAUCAACUUUUCAUAAACUAGGCCCCGGUGUGUGUGUGUGUGUGGGGGGUGGGGAGAGGGGUGGGGAGGGGAGGGAAUAUCCGUAUGAAAAUGAUGGGUGCUUGAAGACUUUGGGGAGGGUGGUAAAUUGGUUGCUUGGUUUUGUUAAAAGGUGAAUUUUUCACUAGUAAACUUGCUCAGAGACUGUCCGUACUUUCGAUUUACAGAUAAUGAAGAAAAGAUGGAGAUUGACAAUGAGAAUAUUGCAGAAAAAACAGUUAAGGACGAAGAACCAAUGGAAUUAGACGGCAACAGUGAAGAAAAGAGGCAGUCAUUAAUUGAGGUAAAGCAGAUACUACGUCCAAUUUUGCACCCAGGCUUAACAGUCAGACAGUUUCUUCCAUCAUGUUAGGAGACACCAUUUGAUUCGACCCUAGCCAAAAACAGUGAAUAGCCAGGGAUAUUCUAUGUUAUGGAAGUUGAUUUGGUAAAUACAGAAACUCACAAGGGGUUGAAACGUGUAAAUCUCAUUUGUUUUCGCAAGUGCUAUAUUUGGAACGAGAAGAAAAGAUAACUGACCAAUCCAACUUCGUAAAAGACGUGACGUAAUUUUAGUCCACGCGCCCGUCACAGUUCAAAAAAUAGGGAGCUUGCAACAACGAGGUAGACGGCUACAAAAAUGUCGCUUAAAAAGUGACUUCGUGAAAACUUUAUCGCGCCUGUUCCAUCUCGUUCAAUUCGACAAAUGUUAGCAAAUGUUUCUGGAGGUGGAUUCUAAAGACUGUAUCGAAGUACAGGAAAGAAAAACAAAGUCGUUGUCUUGUGUUGUCGCUCUCCCAAACGAUAAAUUAGGCACUCUCACGUUGUAAUCGUGCAGUGACGGCAAAAAAAUGUACAAAAGAAACUUGAACGCGAGUUACACGUUUCAACCCCUUAUGAGUUUCUGGUAACACUAAUGACAUUUGGUAAAAUCAAACUAGUGGUCUAUUAUCAAUGCUACGUUCUGAUUGGUUGAGCUACUAUUAGGCUAUAUGUUAUAGCCCACUGGUGGGGAAAAGCGCCGGCUUUUGGGGGGCAAACAAGGAUUAAAGUUUUGCUUUAACUAGCUAAAGUUGUUUUGUCUGGAUAUUUUUGACCAACUAGUUGGAUUUUACUAAAACAAUUUUUCCUCUUGCCCUCAUGGCCUCUGAGUCAAUAGCCCAUUUGGCCUUCGGCCUUAUGGGAUAUUCACUCACAGCCCAUUCGGGCUCAAGGAAUAAUUGUUAAAUAUCUACCAGAAAAAUCACUAUCCAGUGGAUAAACCUUCGUAUAAACUAAAAGCUUUAUCCGAUAGCAAUUUAUCCAGAGAACAAACGGGGGGAGGAGUACCCCCUAUAAUGGCUUAUACGGGAAGACCCCGCCCGAAAGGGGUACAUUUUUCAGGCCUCAAGUAUAUGAAAGGGUAGGGAUUUCACUAGUUGAAGUAUAUGAAAAGGAAGGGAAAUCUGUCAUUUCUGUCUGUAAAAAGGUUCAAAAGGGCUAACAAAUGCAUUUUAUGGUUGUAAAAAUCAAGGUUUCACUUUCACCCCACGCGGGAUGAAACAUUGGCCUACACGUGAGAGGAUGACUUCUUAAUGACCUAGAUUAGUAAGACAUUAAACACUAUCCUUUUACCUAAGCUUCGUUCGUAAUUUUCAGGAGGACACCAGACGUUGUCUUCUGUGUGGUCUUGCAAGAGAUGCUGAACCCUCCGGUCCUGGCCGCCUCAUUUGCUGUGGUUUGGAUGAGUGGGUGCACGUGAAUUGUGGCCUUUGGUCUGCAGAAGUGUUUGAAGAUGAUGAGGGCCGAUUGCAGAAUGUUCAAGCGGCUUUGUCUAGAGGCAAACAAAUGGUGAGAAUGCUUCUGACUGUUUCUGUUUAUCUUGGGACCAAGCUGUUGUGGUGUCGUAACGUAUUCCAGGGGUAUUUACACUUGUACCAUUUACAUGGGAAAUCCGGAAAUUCCGGUAGGAAAUCAAGUGGUUCCCGCCAUUCCUUGAUUUGAGGCGAUGCAAGUGUUGCAAUAGGGCCAUUUAAACGAGGAAAAAUAAGACGCGUCUUAUAUAAGACGCGUCUUAAAUAAGACGCGAAGUUUCCGUAUAAACGGUACAUUUCGUCUAAAAUAAGACGCGGCUUAGCUAAGACGCGUCUUAUUAGGUAAGAAAUGCUCGUAUAAAUGGUAUAGUUUGCGUCUUAUUUAAGACGCGUCUUAUGUAAGACGCGUCGUAUUUUUCCUCGUAUAGAUGGCCCUAUUGUGUAGCCACGUCAAGUCAAACGUAAUGCGCCCAAUAUUGCAAGCAGUGUGCGAAAUGCUGUGUAAAAUAUUGCCGCGUGUAAGUGGAAUAUGUUGCUCGCAAUAAAGCAAUAUUGUUGUGUCCGGGCCUUAUUGUUACACUAAGUGUUGCAUCGUGUAGCUAAAAUCGAUUUCAGGUUAAAUCAGUAUUCAACUUAGUUUUAUUUAAAACUUCCUGUUUCCUAGCCUUAGUUAUUCAUAGGAGACAAAGGAAAUUGUGGUUAAACCUGAGAACAGAUUUUACCUACAACAUAACCACGUCGAGUGAAACGUAUUACACCCAAUAUUGAAAGCAGUGUUGUUCUAUGUGUCCGGACGUUCAUGUUACAGUGUAUGUAUUGCGCCAAUAUUACAAGUACUGUUGUUCCUGUGUUUGGGCCCAUGCAAGUGGCGACAUUUGCUAACUGAUUUGUUCUGUUUUUAGAAAUGCGAAUACUGUGGAGAGGUAGGAGCUACUGUGGGGUGUUGUGAGCCUAGAUGUCCUAUGAAUUAUCACUUCAUGUGUGCAAGAAAAGCGGAAGCUCAGUUUCAAGAUGACAAGAAAGUUUACUGCGCCCAGCAUUCCUUUAGGAUAAAGAAAGAGGUUGGUUCUUGUGGAAUGGAUGAUAUUCACUGAUUUCUUGAUUUCUGAAUGAAGGUUUUGAUUCUAAGGCUAUGCUCACACGUUACUGAAUAUCUCCUACGCCAGCACGAAAACCAUUCCGGAUAGGUCUUCUUAGACUUUCUAAAAGUCCCUUUUCUUCCUCGUUGGUUAUGACAUUUUGAAGGACUUUUCACACCUUUUUGGCGCAAAAUUCACCGGUCGAAAAUUCUACCGGUGACGUCAUGACAACUGACUAAUAGGACAGCAUAUACCGCUCCCGACACAGCAUAUGUCAAUCAUUCUUUUCCCGCGUAAAUUUAUAAUAUGGUUCAAAUCCAUUUAGGCGAAAAAGUCGACCUCAAGACUUCGUCGCUCGCUCGGUCGCAACGCGACCUCAGUCAUGUAUUGAAACUCGACUUGAGCAAGUCUAAGGAGGUCGACUUGUAGCAAGUCUAAGGGCUUCUGUUCAGACGUAACAACAGUGAUUUCAGCGCGAUCUCUGUAACGAAGCUGCGUCGCGCCGAUCUCGAAAAGUAGGGUGUCAGAUAUCGAAUAGGUUCUUUGCCUUAAGCCUCACUUUGGUGCACUGUGAACAGGUAUUCGGACCGUAAUGGAAGAGGAUAAGUAUAGGAACGAGUAGCCUGUGUACAGACCCCCCCCCCCCCCUCCCUCCCCUAAGGAAAAAUCGGAGAGGAGAGCAGGGGUCUGUACACAGGCUAAGGAACGAGAGUCCACAAAGACGGAAGUAAAUAUUCAGGAGUGAGGACUGGGAUUUAGUUAACCAAACUCUCUUGGCCAACCGCCCCGGCACGAUGUCCUGUGUGUGAACAACGUAUUUAGGUUCUGUGCCUUGCUGUUGACACUAUGCCUGAUAGCUGUUUGUGGCUGCACCAAUUUUAAGGCAUCCAGUAUAGUAUGAACAUAGCCUAAAUCCUAGGGAGAAUAAAACUCACUAACCAGGUCCCUAGGGAUCUCUAGACUCGCACGUGAUCAGAUCGUGUACCUUAAAACGGCGGAAAAUCUGUGUGUUAAUCGCCCCAAGCAAAUAUAUAUAUAUUUUUUACUGCCAUGGGCGAGGAACGAGUUGAGUUGCGAGGUAUGACUAAACACCUAAAUAGCGAACUUUGUUUCUUAUGAGGGCAGCAUGCAAAGAAAGUGGAUUUUGCUAUUGGGCUAGUGAUUUUUCUUCUUAACUUACCUGACAGGCAAGUGCUGUUUUUUGGGGGAAAUUCAAAUAACAGAAGGAUUGUAAUCAAUCCUGCUAAUCAAAAAGGGUGUUGGGGCUAGUUGAAAUGACUUGUGGGCGAGUACAUGCUAGCUACAGCUUUCCUGGAUGGAAGGCUGUAAAACUGACUUUCUUUGCACCCUGGAGGGCCUUGCGAUUUAAAAUAUCUCUUUCCUCUCUUUGUAGUUGUUGAUGGAAAAUGAUGAUUUCUGUGUGGAGCGCCGUGUUUGCGUGGACAUGAGCAAAAUCCGAGCAACUAAGAAAUUUUCAAGAGGCUUCCAGCCAAGCUCUAUUAACCUUGUGCAAGGUAACGUGCGUGCUAAUUAUAGGAAAGGUUACAUUUGCCACUUUGGUUACUUAAAAUUCUUGUAAUAAAUUACGAGUUUUCAAGAAUCUGAAGGUUUUUGUCUUUAUUUCUUCUCUAAAGGCUCCCUCACUAUGGAAAACAUGGGCAAACUGAGCGAAUAUUCAGACACGAAACAGGCGUUAUAUCCCAUUAAUUACAGGUUUGUAUAUUUUAAUAAAUAUGACCAUGAAUAUCUAAAUUUAAAUUAAAAUGUUGGAAGGUUUGAACCCCGGAGUCAUUUCAAAAGUGCGUUGAGCAUGAUCGUGCUCCGAACUACGAAGAGCUAGCAAACCUCGAUGAAAGUCAGGUCAUGUGGCUUUUGUUGCUUUUAGCGGGUAAUGUCUCUUAGUUUAAAUGUUGGAGCUACGAAACUCAUAGUAAAUAAACCUUUUUUUUCAUUGGCUUUGAAAACACACUUUCCAUCGCUUUUAUGGAACUAACGAGAGAGAAUGAGCUCAUUUUCUUAUGGGAGCGAGUUAGUAAACAACUCACGCGGGUGUUGUUCCUUCGUAAUUUGCGAAAAACGCCAUUGUACCUGAAAAUGAAAGCACUAUAGGCUAUAUUCUAAGGGAACAGACACCCGUCUGUAGACUUCCCCCACCCCCCGACUACGGGACUCGUUUUUUGGGGGCUCAGUAGGUUCUCAUAUAUUUGGGAAUUAAAUGUAAGAAGUUUAGGUUACAGGUUCUAUUUCGCUAGCUUCUUGAAGGUCGGACAACAAGUAGUCCCUCAUUAGCUAUUUUCACACCUUUUCCCUUCUUCUCCCGCUCACCUCUCCCCGCCAAAAAAAAGCAUACCAAUUUUUCCUCAGUUCCAGUUCUGGGUAUUGAAGCCAAUGCUUAUGCAAAAAGACGUUUUUUGUGUGUGUGUAUGGGUGGGGGGGUGGUGGGUUGAGAUGUGUUAUGGGCAAUGUAAGAGUGGUUAAUUCGCUCACGGAUACUUAAGUAAGCGAAAUAUGUGAGUGUGCGUGAAAAUUGUUACCCGCGAGGAAGGUGACACGCAUGUGACAUUUCUUCCUCGUAGGUGGCGAUUUUCACGCCGUUCGCGUGUUCCGCCCACCUUGCGUUCCCUGGGGAAAAUAAGGAACUGCUCGGCCAUAGCUCAGGCGUAGUCUUUAUAUGUGGGUUUUACGGUACUGAAAAUGAAGAAAAGAUCGUCGCAGUGAACGCAAUUUAUGCAAUUGCGUAAAGAAGCCUGAAAAAAAUUCAGGACUUCAACGGGGUUUGAACCCGUGGCCUCGCGAUUACCGGUGCGAUGCUCUACCAACUGAGCUAUGAAGCCACUUUGCUGUACUGUGAAUAAGAAUGAGGUAUGCUGUUACUUAUCUUUGUUGAUGUUGUUGUUUGUCAGAGUAAGUCGUCUAUACUGGAGUGUGAAGGAUCCGACCAAACGGUGCCGUUAUUAUUGCACAGUUGAAGAGAAGAAAGUGAAAACAUUUGCGAAGAAAUCACACUCAGAAAAAGAAAGGGAGUUAAAAGACCUACAAGACUUACACAAAGUUAUUUCCCAUGAAGAGAUAAAAAAGAAGGAAAAGGCAACUAAACACUUACCAUCAUCGCACGGAGAUGUUAAAGACAUAGUUCAGCCUCGCGUCAGCAACAAAUCCAAUGAUUUGUUGAACAGUUCUUAUGGAAAGAAACUGAAAAAAAUAGCUCCUCAUCCUGGGCCGUCGCUAAUUAAUCACACUACUUUUCCUGGAGUACUCUUUAAUGAUGCAAGCUUGGUCGCUUCAAACGCAAAUUCGCAUUUAGCUAAACUUCGAAGAAUUCUUCCUGCUCCUCAAAAACCGCCAGCUUUACAAAUUUCUCCGGCGAACUCACCGAGUAAACUGCUUCAGCACUUAGCUCAGCAAAGCAAGCAUAUACCAAGGAUUUUAAGCAAUGCAUAUGCCCGCCUACCACAGAAACCUCCUCAAAAAUCUACCCCGACAUCGACACCAACAGCUCAUAGAACUAGAAAAAGCCCUCCUGUAGCUAAGAGAACUUCUAGCCUCGACGAGAGUAUUCCGCAGACUGUAAGACAAUUAAAUUGCGAUCACGAAGUUGUCGCAAAAACAGCUGAUGCGGAAAUUUCUAAUUCGCCUGUUAAAGAUAAGUCUUCUAAUGCUUGGUUAACGAAUCUAAGAGACCGUGCAAGUGUAUCAAGCGUGGAGGAACUCUACGUCAACUUCGUUAUCACAAAUGAUGAAGGGUUCAGGAUAGAGGCUGAUACAUGUGAAGGUAAGAUGUAGAAGCCUUCUUACCCCCCUCCCCUGCCCUGCGAGUCUCCUUCAGUCUUCUCCUUGUUCCAGGAGAAGAAAAGGAGUCUGCGUUAAGCCUUUGAAGUCGCCGCAGCCCGAACGUCUGGACCAGUCAAUCUUACUUUUUUUGGUCAAACUGGUUUUUCGAGUGCGAGCAUCUGUUUAUUGACAAGCGGAUGGUCAUAACUGCCCACUGAAUCAAGCGCACGGCUUCUAGGCGUGGAUCAUUCUCGUUCCCAGAGCCACUCGGCUUAAUUUGUGUUUCAAGACCACGUGACCAUGAAACGACGGACUCUGGGGACGAGAAUGGUGUGGAUUCGAAAUUGUAUCGCAGCAUGAAGCGCAUGCUCAGCGAUGGUUUUACUCGUUUCUCGCGUAGGCCAAAAGAAAGGCUCUGACAUAGCCCUUAAGUCUAGCCAAUCAGAGCACGGUUGCGUUAUGUUGUAAUAGAAAAGAUAUUUAGAAGUAAAAGCAAAAACCAUUCACAUCAUAGUGACUUGCUCACAAGCGUUUUUGCCCUUUUUUUCGUCGGGUCUCCACGCUCUAAGAUUGGUUGAAAUAAUAUUGUAGCUGUUUCUUAACAGAAGUAAAAGGUAGAACAGUCGUGUUACCAUAACCUGCUGACACGCGUUUUUCUUUCCCCGCGCUUUGAAGCCGCUACGUAUAAUUGCUCCGAGAUGUGAUUGGUCCAUUUUAUUGUUAGUUCGUGUUGUGACUGGUCAGUUAAUUUAUCUUAGUUUUGCUGUUCAAAACUGGUCUAUACUACAGUAGUAGUUUUUCGUUCUUCCUUAAUUAUUCUCUAGUACGCAAUGACACUCUGACUUUUUUCUAUUGUGUUUAAUCUCAGCCGCUUGGAAGCAGGUUUUCGAUAUGGUCCAGGAAGCAAGGAUUGAUCGACGUUUGAAGCUGGUUCCCUUUGCAGGUUCUUAGUAUUGUUUUGUUGUUGUUAGGGAAGCGGUUAGGGUUUGUUUUUCUUAUUAAGUGUCCGGCAUGUCGUAAGCGGAAAAAAACGUGCAUUGCUUAUUUUAGUAAACCAACAUAUAUCUUUUGGAAGUGAUAAUAUCUUUUCUUUGAAGAUUGCUUUAAUAUCUAACCUGUACCACCUUUCUAUAUCUGGGCAAUUCAGUGUUUCUUCUUCAAAGGAUCUGCAAACUAAGUUGAUAAAACCAAACUGUUGUGUUUCGCAGCUUCGCCAACACAGCUCCGCAUUUUUAAAUAAUUCCUUGUAUUCGCUGCUGACAGGUUAUGAAUUGUUACUUUGCAGGUGUGAAUGGAAAAGCAAUGUUUGGAGUACGCCAGGUAAGUGUCUUGGAUGACGUCAUUAAUGAUGAUGAUGAUGAUGAUGAUGAUGGUGUUGAUGAUGAUGAUGAUGAUGAUGAUGAUGAUGAUGAUGAUGAUGAUGAUGAUGAUGAUGAUGAUGAUGAUGACGAUACUGACCGACAGACAGAAAGACUGACACUUUAUUUCAACACGACGUUUCUUCAAGUACAAGACGCUGGUUUCCAUAAAGCCGUGCAUGCAAUAAAAUAUCAAAACAUGAUAAAUAAUUACAAAAAUUGUAGAUACACAAAACUGAAAAAAGAAUUAAUUAGUGCGCUGGAGACCGAGGUUUCGCACAGAUUUCCUAAAAAAUCUCGAGGCGGUUGUGCUUCAAUCAUAGUUGGGAGGAAAUUCCAUAGAUUAGCAGCGCGAUGGGAAAAGAAAGGAGGAGGGAAGAUGACGUGAAAUAUUGUCAGUAACUAAUUAAAGAAACAAAAGAUGACAUGGUAGGAAAAUUUGCAUGUAAAAGAAAAAGCAUGCAAGCUACAAAAGGUAACGUUUUUCCUUGCUGACAUUUUCAUUUAGGGAGGGUUUUAAAUCCCUUCAUAACAUAAAAUGGGACCAUUUCGAAUAUUUGGCAAGAGGACGGUCGGACACCCAUUGCAAGAUACUGUAGCAUAGCAUAUGUGUUUUUUGUUUUGUUUUUUUAAUUAGUUACUUACUCUAAGCCUAUCAAAUAGCAGAAAUUUCUCAUGUAGUAUUAUAACUAUUGUUAUUCAACGGUUUGCCGUCAGUAACAAUUUUGAUGACUUGUUUUUCUGUUUUAAAGGAAUCGAUCGUGUCCAUGUUGGAACAGUUACCAGGGGCCCAUCAAGUCAAGCAGUACUCUUUCAAGUAUAACCCACCGUUUGACAUAAGCAGUUUAGAAGGAACUGCUNUAUUAUAACUAUUGUUAUUCAACGGUUUGCCGUCAGUAACAAUUUUGAUGACUUGUUUUUCUGUUUUAAAGGAAUCGAUCGUGUCCAUGUUGGAACAGUUACCAGGGGCCCAUCAAGUCAAGCAGUACUCUUUCAAGUAUAACCCACCGUUUGACAUAAGCAGUUUAGAAGGAACUGCUGAGCAGGUGAGGCUAAAAGUCUUUCUCGUCGAUUCUGAGUCAAUUUAACACUAAAAUAAUAUUAAAUUUUUCUUUUUCGCAGGUCUUAAAAGAAAAUCCGCAUGGUUGUGCUAGAGCUGAGGUGUUUAACAGGUUAGCAAAAUAAGUGAACUCCUUAUAGCACUAUUACAACGCUACAUCACCAUCUCGUGAAAGUGCUAAGAAGUUCGUUCACAGACUUGAAGUUAGAAACAUCUCCUAUAGGAUGACAAACAGCACCGUAUAAUAAUAAUAAUAAUAAUAAUAAUAAUAAUAAUAAUAAUAAUAAUAAUAAUAAUAAUAAUAAUGAAUAAUUUUUUAAACAGGCUUCUAGUAGAGAUAAUUAUAUCAUCAUGUCUUUGCGUAGGUUUUACAGAGUAUAAGAAUUUAAUAAUAUUCUAAAUUGGCUUUUUAAGUAAAGAGAUUCAUAUCGUUUUGUUUAUUAGGAUCGUAUUAGGUUUCGCACCGACCUUUUUUUACUUCUAAGUGUAGCUUCUCAAGUGGUGUAGGUUACGUUAUGCGCCCUAUACUACUCAUAACCUGGACAGCAUUCCAAAGUUUUAUACUGCGAGAUAAUAAUAAUAAUAAUAACAAUCUUUAUACAGGGAGCUCACUUCACAAAGAGUGAUAUUCAGUGAGGCCCUGUAUGAAAUUACAGGCUGCCCUGUAAAGACUCCACGCGGCCGGGCUCAAACUUAGGACCACCUUGUACAGCUUGAUAAACGAUACUACCGAAAAGAAAUUCUAUGAGGCUUUCAUUUAAAUGCUCACACUUUAAAUUUCAUCCACAGACUCAAAACUUAGAUCCACAGCAUAAUCGAUCCAUACCACAGGAAAGUACUGCUCAGUAGAUUUCAUUUCAAUGGCCUCACUCUAAGAUUGGGUCCACAGACUCAAUCAUUAUACGUUUCACUUCUCACUUAGGGCAAAAUGUUGGUUUAGGGGAGGGGUAGGUGGGCAGUUUCUCAGUAUGAUAAGAAUUUUCUUGAUGAGAUGUGUCAAACGUAUAGUGAUCCCUAAAGUUAGACCCACCUUGUAUAGCAUAGUAAUCAACACCUUGGGAAGUACUACUCAGUAGCUUUCAUUCGAAUUUUUUACACGUCAGAUUCAGAAUCGUUAUUAAACUCUAUCCAUAGUCCUUAUUACUCAUUCCAAUCCUUUCCACUUGUGUUCCUUUUAGAUCCAAAAAGUACGACAUGUUUGCCUUCUUGGCGUCAGUUCAUCGUGUACCUCCUCAGUUGGAAGAAGGUUCAGAGGAGCAAGAGAAUGCAGAACAGACUCGAGAUGGGCCGCUUACUGUUAAGUAUGUAUGCUCUGAAUAAACCACAGAACGUUAAAGACGCUUACACUAUUUUGGGCAGCGGAAUUCUUCGAGCAGAGAUUACCGCAGAGAUGGCAGUAAUCAGUCGAUGUGCGAAUUCCGCGUCUACGAAGUUAAUUUUCGUUUAAGAUGCUGUUUGCGUCCCUUUUUUAGUCCAACCACACUUGGCUCUACCCAACCAAAGUGGUGUCUUGGAAGAACAUGUCCUUUCAAGAAAGAAAAAUUGCUUGCUGUUCUGUGCUAGUGUUAUAUUUUAUUAAUCAAAGAUAGACAUCCACACCUUUAAGGGAGUUAGGGAGAAGGGAAAUGUCUGUCGCUACUGCUCUUAAGCGAACAAGAGCGCAUGCGCCAACAAAGCGCCACUUUGUAUUAUCACAGGCAGACCACCCUCUGUUGGAGUGGCAGUUGUUGUUAUUGAAAUCUGGGCGUCUAUCAUUUGUACUCAAAAGAAGAAAUACAGAUGAACAUGACGGUGGCUACAAUUUACUCCAAAAUACAGAUUUACACCUAGAUAUUUCAAUAAAAGUUUAAGCGAAAUGUUAACUUUGUCAUUUGUGGCUCCAAUUAGGAUUUGCGACUAAAGUCAUUUUGGUUUGAACAAUUGGAUCAUUAUACGUUUCUGGGAAACUUGCCAACCACACCUCCCCUUAGCCAACAUCAACUCUUACUUCUCACUUCAAAAGGUUGGCUUAGGGGAGGGGUAGGUGGGCAGUUUCCCCGAAACGUAUAAUGAUCGAACAACUUACUUUGCAGACGUCCAACCUGCCUUGACCUUCCAAUGGCCAUGAGGUACCGCCACCUUAAACAGUGUCAAUUCAACAAGGAUGCCGUUGCUGUCUACAGGUGUGUGUUUUACCGUGCUAUAAGCUGCGAGAAAUCUGUCCAUUUAUGGCGAGCGAGAGAGCCGCCAGAGAACGUGCGAGUGCCCCUCUCAUUCGCGUGUGCUUUUGCGUGCUGCUCUCGUGUGACUUCUCGCGGCUCCCCUAAAUGGAGAGCUUGCUCUUCAAUAGAACCGGCCGUUUAAUUCCUCAACUUCCACGGAUGCCUCUAGUUAAAUAAUAAAGAAAUCCCCGAUUCCUGAAAAAAAACUUAUUUGUAAGCGAGGCUCUAGCCUUUGUGUAGCAAACCAAAGCGGCAGACGAAGAAAGCAGAAAACAGAUACGGGCAAACAAAUGUUGUACAGCUGCAAGCUGUAGUAAAGGAUAUGAAAACUGUUACUGAUAGAUGAGGUCGAUUUUCAGUUUGGUUAUUACAAUUUGCCCCCAAAUUUGGUUUUAUUACCAAUCGACCAAUCGGAUCAAUAACUAGAGUUUGAUGCCAUCAACUGACGUGACACAACAUCACUUUGACUCUGAAGAUGCGGAUUACUGCAGUCGUUGUCGAAACGUAAGUCGCUGUCAACAACAGCCCCACUUAGGACUACGCUCACCUAGACGAUCAUAUCGGCUACCUAUUUGUGAGAUGACUCCAGGGUUCAAACCUGUCACUGAUUAAUUAACUGUGGUGGCAGAGUAAAUGUGCUCUCUUAUUCGUUUCUAUCUGAUUUUAAUUUUCUUUCAAUCCAGAUCUCCCAUCCACGGCCGUGGUUUAUAUUGUACUCGUAACAUCGCUGCGGGCGAGAUGGUGAUCGAGUAUUCUGGAAUGUUGGUGCGGUCCGUUCUUACGGACAAACGGGAGAAAUACUACGAGAGCAAGGUAUGAUCUUUAACAACUUGUGGCAGAAUCUUUCGCGUUAUGCUGGCAAUGGUAAUGAAUUUAUCACAUUGUUUGUGAGGAUUACUUUCUCGAGGUGCGCGUUCAAAAAAGCGAGUAUUUUUAAGAUGAGCCUGCGUAACAGGCGAACAAAAAAAUAUGGGCACGCGGCAAGGUAUGCGUGCGAGAGAGGACGACACGCUCGAGGUGAGAGGUAGAUUUUUCUUCUGGCACGCAUCCCCCUUGCUCUUUGCCACAGCUUUUGCUUGUGCUUCAUAUUGAUUUUUCGUGCGCCUUCUGCGCAGGCUUCUUAAAGCGUGAGUCUAUAAUCGAGCAGGCAAACAACAGACUUAAACUUGCUUUUGGCGCACUUUGCGGGUGUGGCUACCCUGAUUGACUGUGGGAGGUUUUUCCGCUCGAUGACUUGUUUAUUCUCGGAAACUGAAGCCUAUUUGGGAAGCUCUUGGGUAGAGCCUUUUAUUAGAUCUAGAAACUUCUUGUAAUACUAGAAGUUAACUCCAGAGAAUUGGCAGUUUUUCAGUUAGUCGCUAUGUAUUAGUUAGGAUCAAAGAUCCAACUGCCUGUCGAUCCAUCACCACUAAUUUGUUUUAUUUUUCAGGGUAUUGGCUGUUAUAUGUUCCGUGUUGAUGGUACUUACGUUGUCGAUGCCACCAUGUGCGGAAACGCUGCCCGCUUUAUCAACCACUCCUGCGAG